UGUAGCUUAUUUCUAUAUUUUUAUCGCAUAGAUAGAUAUCAUUCAUUUAUCUAUUGUAUUCAUUUACUCAUUUAGUUUAUGUACUGUGUGUUAUGUAUGCAUCAUAAGGGUUAUUUCUUAUUUCUUAUCUAUUUAUUUGCAUAUGUACUCAUGCUACCUAUCUCCUCCUUUUAUUCAUCUACCCUUGUCUCCUUCAAAUACCCUUGCAUCCUCUUUUUGUUCUCUCCUUUACACUCAUGUGUCAAAUCUCUUGUUUUUUGUUUUUGUUUAUUUUGCUUCUUGUUAUUGUUCUCUAUUGUUCUCUGUUAUCAAGCAACUUUUUUUUUCUUUUUUCUUGAUAUUACUCUUUGGUGUUAACUAGAAAUCCCUUUUCUUUUUUACAUCGUUCUCUCACCAGAACUCGCUGAUGUCAACCAAUAACGAUGAUAAUACUUAGGAAUUAUUUGAUUGCCCUCAAGUCACUAUUGUCUACACAGAAUGGGUCUGAUCUAUUUCUUUUUAUGAAAGGUAGAGAAUAAUCUCUCAGCCUGCGUUUAUACCAUGCACAAACUUUAUGUUCGUUGUGUACAAUGGGAAAUGCUUACAAUAUAUAGUUCUAUGUAGGGGAUUUCACAAAAAUGUAUACAUAGCAUUUCACUUUUUUUUACAAUAGAGGUCAUUGGCAAUUGUAUGUUCAUAAAAUAUAUAUGCGUAAAUUUGUAUACAUCUGAAUUAUAUUAUUCAAACGUUUUCCAAGUGUAUUCUAUCUACAUGAAUCGAUCUUCAUUCAGAACAUUACCACCAUACGGAAAACCUCUGCAUGCCUGAUCAUCAGUUCCCAUAUUAUGUUUGAACUAUUGUGUACUUUACAACCAUGCCGUGUGCAAACACAAUGUUGCGUGAAAUCCCAGCCAAAUGAUAUCCUAUCAAGUUAAAAGAAGUGUUUAUUGUUAAAUAAGAUAAAACCACAGCAGUGAGUGUAAUCGAAAUGUGAAAAGCUGAAUGUAAACAGCCCUGGAAGUACACAUGGCUUAGGGAAGCAAUGCUGAAGGCUGCUACUCCUCCUCCUCCCUGUCUUCUGCAUGUGUAAGUGUGUGUAUCUCUGUGUGUCUCUGCCUCUCAGUCUGUAGCAGCAGCCUCAGCCGCAGCAUCGCUUCACUUCACACAGGAGGUUUGGUCUCUAUAAACCAUUCAGCAACAGACUCUUGCUCUCCUCCUCCAUGCAGAAGCGUCAGGACUUGGCUACAGCAUCAUCUCCCCUGAAAAUCCUACAUCUGAUUUCUCUCUGAUUUUUUUUCUCGCCUGUAUUUUUCACCUGAGCUUGUUGGAAACGUGCUAACCUAAUUCAUCCACCUCCUCUGCUCUUCUCAUUUUCAUCAUCACCACCUCAAGUCUACUGGGUCCUGCAAAACCUCCGCCUCAUCAACCUCUUGUUGCUGCACCAAGAAAUAACCUCUGCUUCCCCCUCCCAAAAGCCAUCCUUCAUUCAAUCAGGUCUACUGCCAUCUCCCCAGGAGCCCCAGCACUGGGGUGAGGGGUGAGGUGUGUAAUACACUGCUAGCAAAGACGGCUGGGAGACAGCUUACCAUGAGAUUGCAAUACACAUCCUCUUCUUCCUCCUCCACCAGCUCUCUGGCUGCUGGUCUUGCACCUUGCUUGUUGCCUGGUCCAGGGUCUGGUCUUGCAGGUGGUGGCUGCUCGUGUUGUUGGGGUUGUUGCUAUGGUGCCCUGCUGUUUUUCCUCUGGACUUCGGCUGCAGUGACUGCCUCCUCCUCUUCUUCUUCGUCUUCUUCAGCUGGAGGUGCUGGAGCAGGUGGUGCUGCAGUGACCGGUGCUCCUGGUAGUGCUGGUAGCUCUGGUGCUGCAGCAUCUACUCAUUCCCCGGCUCCUCCUCUCCCUGCUGCAGUGGUAGCUGGAGGGGCGCUCCUGGCUGCUGUUGUAGCAGGUGCCGGUGGUGGUGGGGUGCUAUCUUCAAGUACAGGUGGAGCCCUAUGUUAUUCUUCCCCAAGUGCGGGCUCUGUACAGGAACUGGCUCAACGCUCUCGGGUGGUGAUUGAGGGCAAAGUGCAGCAACAGCAGGCACCAGAGGGGCGCAAGAGAAAGGUGCCAGAAGAAGGGGACUUUGUUACUUCUGGGAAAAGAAGAGGACAGGUGGUCAAAGGGCAGGUGAAUGGAACCAUAGACAAGCAUCAGACAGUGUCAGUGGUGGUGAGUACUGCAUCCCAAGAACAGGUAGCCACUGCCAACAGCUGGACUGCACCUUCUGCAGGCAGCUUUACCACCACUGCUACCAUAGCACUCAGUGGCUUUUCUGACUUCACCACAUUUGAUGGUACAUCUUCCUCCGUGGCUCCUGGAAUCCCAGAGUCUUACCUGGUGAAGGUACACCAAGUCUGGGCGGUGAAAUCUGCAGGCUUGGAGAAAGACUCUAUUAUAACAGUGCAAGGGGAUUUCGGUUCCAGCUGUUUGAAGCUGAAGGAGGACAGCAGGUAUAUAUUCUUCAUGGAUCCAACCAACAGUAGCUCAGUCUUCAGAGCAUCCUUCCCUCCACUGGAGACUGGCAGGAAUAUGAAAAAGGAUGUUGGCAGGGUGCUAUGCAGAGGUUGUGAGUGUGGAUUGAUACAUCUUUGGACUUACCUUUGUGGACCGUUGGACUGGACAGACUGACUUCAUGAUGGUGCUCAAUGAAGUGGAAUAUUCUAUAGGAUGAAGGUUAGACAAUGGGGUCUGCGUUGUACCCCUGUGAUUAGAGAAGAUGCUGCUGUUGUCUACUGGACUCUUGAUAUGAAGAAAUUGGACUCUUGACAUAAGGAGAUUGGAUCCUCGAUACAAGAGACUUUUGUACCCCAUGUUGGUGGGGGACUUCUUUAGGGGAGCCCUCUUGGCAAUAUGGAGGCUGGACAUUUUCAGGGGAGGCCUCUUGGCAAUAUGGAGGCUGGACAUUUUUAACUGCUCUCUAUUCUUUGAGUUUCCAAGGGAGAUACUGACAUUUCUUCAAGAGCCCUA